AUGGGUAAAGAGAAGUCGCACGUUAACGUCGUCGUUAUCGGCCACGUCGAUUCUGGCAAAUCCACUACUACUGGACACUUGAUCUACAAGUGCGGUGGUAUUGACAAGCGUACGAUUGAGAAGUUCGAGAAGGAAGCUAACGAACUUGGAAAGGGAUCUUUCAAGUACGCAUGGGUGCUCGACAAGCUAAAGGCCGAGCGUGAACGUGGUAUCACCAUCGAUAUCGCCCUGUGGAAGUUCGAGACCCCUAAGUAUGAGGUUACUGUCAUCGACGCUCCUGGGCACCGUGACUUCAUCAAGAACAUGAUUACUGGUACCUCUCAGGCCGACUGUGCUAUCCUGAUCAUCGCUGCUGGCACAGGUGAAUUUGAAGCCGGUAUUUCGAAAGACGGUCAGACCCGCGAGCAUGCGCUUCUUGCUUUCACUCUCGGUGUCAGACAAUUGAUUGUUGCCGUCAACAAGAUGGACACUACUAAAUGGUCUGAAGAACGAUUCAAUGAGAUUAUUAAAGAAACUACCAACUUCAUCAAGAAGGUCGGUUACAACCCCAAGUCUGUUGCCUUCGUGCCUAUCUCUGGUUGGCACGGGGACAACAUGUUGGAGGAGUCGGCAAAUAUGACAUGGUACAAGGGUUGGACUCGUGAGGGAAAGGGUGGUGUUGUCUUCAAGGGGAAGACUCUUCUCGAUGCUAUCGAUGCCAUCGAACCCCCGACCCGCCCUACCGACAAGCCGCUUCGUCUCCCUCUCCAGGAUGUAUAUAAGAUUGGCGGUAUUGGUACCGUCCCCGUUGGUCGUGUCGAGACUGGUAUCAUCAAACCCGGGAUGGUCGUCAGCUUUGCUCCUGCCAACAUCACCACUGAAGUGAAGUCUGUCGAAAUGCACCACGAGCAGCUUUCGGAGGGCAAUCCUGGUGAUAACGUCGGUUUCAACGUCAAGAACGUCUCUGUCAAAGAUAUUCGCCGUGGUUACGUCGCCUCCGACUCCAAGAACGACCCUGCCAAGGAAGCCGCUUCUUUCGUUGCACAGGUGAUUGUUCUUAAUCACCCUGGCCAGAUUGCCGCCGGUUACACUCCCGUCUUGGAUUGCCAUACCGCCCAUAUUGCCUGCAAGUUUGCUGAGCUUCAGCAGAAGGUCGAUCGUCGGACGGGUAAGGCUCUCGAAGAGAACCCAAGGCCGUCAAGUCUGCUUGUUCCUUCCAAGCCGAUGUCCGUCGAGACGUACAACGAGUACCCACCUCUUGGUCGUUUCGCCGUGCGUGAUAUGAGACAGACGGUUGCUGUCGGUAUUGUCAAGAGCGUCGAGAAGUCCGACGGAAAGGGUGGCAAGGUCACCAAGUCCGCUGAGAAGGCUGCGAAGAAGAAGUGA